UUAACAAUAUUCAUAUUUCCGAAUUACAGAGACACUUAUUCGCUUUCAGGCUUUAAAAUUAGGUAAAUACAACCUCAAAUGAACAACAGCACAUGACCUGUUACACAGCGUCAUGACUUCACAAAAAUAAAGCCAAAACGCCAAAAUAAAAAAUAAAGCCAAAAUGGAGAAGCCAUGUGUCGAAAAGUAAGUACCAUGAAACUGUGUCUUGCUUUGUAGACAAGAAGAUUAAAAAUUAUGUCAGAAAAUGAAUCCAGUCUAACUGAAUUCACUGUACAAGGUUUCUCAGACUCGCCACAACUUCAGUUUCCUCUUUUUAUAACAUUUUUAUUUGUGUAUCUCACCAUUGUCUUCAGUAACCUUAUCAUUUUAGCAUCAAUAGUUUCGUACUCUCAUUUACACACACCCAUGUACAUCUUCUUGUGUAACCUAUCAGUCAUUGAUAUUUCCUACACCUCGACCAUUCUACCCAAACUUUUGGUCAUUCUCCUCACUCAGUGUAAGUCCAUAUCCUUUCUAGAGUGCUUUAUUCAGGUGUAUUUUUUCAUGUGCUUUGCUUGCACAGAAGUCUUACUAUUGGCCGCUAUGGCUUAUGAUCGCUAUGUAGCAAUCUGUCACCCUCUUCAUUACUCAAUUCUUAUGAGUCCAAAGCAAUGUGCUCGAAUAGUACUUUCAGUUUGGGUCAUGGGUUUAUUUGAUCCUGUCCUACAUGCUAUUUUAAUUGCUAACUUUUCAUACUGUCGCUCUCAUCAAAUAGACCACUUUUUCUGCGAUAUAACCCCAUUGCUUAAACUUACCUGUAGUAAUACAUUUACUAUUGAGUUAUGUACCUAUAUUAAUGGGGUUCUUCUGCUUAUCAGUGCAUUUUUAUUAACUUUGGUAUCAUAUGUCUUUAUUAUCACCGCCAUCCUAAAUAUCCAGUCAGCUGUUGGUCGACAUAAAACUUUUUCUACCUGCGCCUCCCACAUGACCUGUGUUAUCAUCUUUUAUGGAACAAUGAUCUGUUUGUAUAUGAGACCAACAUCUACAUAUUCUCCACAAGACAAGUUUUUUGCCCUUUUAUAUAUCAUACUUAUUCCGAUGCUUAAUCCUCUUAUUUACACCCUGAAGAAUAAGGACUUUACUAAGGUUUUUAAACAAUUCAAGUUUCAUUAG